AUGAUACAAGCGGCCUUGCAGCAGCAGCAGCCGGCGGUACCUCGACCCAUCCAUCGUCGAGCUAUAGUACCCCAGCACCACAUUACUGCACACUGUCGGUUGAAUGAGGACUACUUCGCUCCGGAGCCGCGAUUUGGGGAGAACAUGUUUCGGAGACGUUUUACGAUGCGUCGUCCGCUUUUUCUGUGUAUCUUGGGCGCUUUAGAGCGUCGAUACGAGUAUUUCAGGAUAAGGGAGGAUGCGGUUGGUAAACCCGGCCAUACGCCCAUACAGAAGUACACUGCCGCAAUUAGGCAGCUGACAUACGGAUGUGCGACCGACAUGUUCGAUGAGUACUUCCACAUCGGCAAGACGACUGUCCGUGAAUGUCUGCAGUAUUUUUGUGAGGGCGUUAGGGAGAUAUUCUGGGAAAGGUAUCAUCGGAAGCCUACCCCCGAAGAUUGCUAG